AACAGCAUGAAGUAAAAUACAACAGACAGAAAGAGAGGUUGAGAGGGAGUGAGAGAGCUAGGAAAAGAGAGAGAACGAGAAAGAGAGCGAGUAAGAGAGAGUAAGAGAGAGAGAGAACGAGAGAGAGUGAGAGAGAGAGCGAGAGUGAGUGAGAGAGAGCGAGAGCGAGAGCGAGAGAGAGAGAGAGAGCUCCUUAACUGUAGUGAUUCCCAGACUGGCUGGCAGUAAGCUCUGUGCUCUGAUCUGCCCGCUCUGAUGGGGUUUCAUGCUUGUGCAGGCAGUGUUGGGGAUCCUGAGGGCAACACGGGUCUCUGCUGCUGAUCUUGGCCUCUCUAAUUCCAACAUAUUGACGAUAUAUGCCUAUACAGAUGAGAGUCAGGACAGCUAAUCUCAACCUACUGCCGGCUAAUGGAUCAUCAACCAAUAACAGUCAUUAGAAUCCAAAAAGGGAGCUAAAAGAAGAUCGAACACAAGCGGCCCAAGGACGACCGGCAGAUAUGAAAGUGGUACUGGUGUGUGCCCUCCUCUCCCUCCUCUCUUUGUCACAUGCCUGUCCAAAGGAGUGUAGCUGCAACAGCAACACCAAAGUAGUAGACUGCCGGGGUCGAGGCCUGUAUGACAUCCCCAAACGACUGCAUCCGGAAACUCAAGAACUAUAUCUCCAAGAUAACCGUAUCAGGGGGCUGGGAUCUAUGGCUUUCCGAGAAAUACCUCUAGUCCGGAUUCUCGAUCUAUCUAAUAACUCUAUAACCACUGUUUCACCGACUGCGCUGCUUGGACUCAGAGCUCUACAGCGCCUCAGCUUGGCCUAUAACAGCCUGAGAGAGCUCGACAAGCGGUUGCUUGGGCCCAUCCGCACACUUUCACACCUUGACCUUUCACACAACAGCCUGUGGGGUUUGCCUGGAGCCUUGGGGGACAGUUUGAGGAACCUUAGCCACUUGGGGCUAUCGCACAACAAGCUAACACGAUUGGACCGCUCACUUUUGGAGGUUCUGACCCACCUGGACAGCCUCACCCUACGAAGCAACCCCUGGAGGUGUGACUGCCAGCUCAUAGGCCUCAAACUCUGGCUGGAAACCUACAUCUAUAAAGGUGGAGUGUUGGAUGAGGUGAUGUGCACACAGCCAGAGGAAAUGAAGAACACAGACCUGCAGAAGGUCCCUUAUCAGCUCUUCCACGUCUGCAUGACCACAAGCUACCAUUACCUGUUUGCUAACAUACACCACCUGGAGAAUGAGAGGCUACUGCGAGGCCACACCCAUGGUAACCAUGCUCAUCCCUCUAGCCAUGCUAUCCAUGUCCCCAUGGCAAUGGGGGAGGGUUUUGGAGGAGGCGGAGGAGGCGGGGGAGGAGGUUUGCCAGAGUGUGAACCUAAGCAAAGGCACCGUCCUGUCAACUUGCGCCAUGCAAUUGCCACAGUGAUCAUCACUGGCGUAGUUUGUGGGAUUGUGUGUCUAAUGAUGCUGGCUGCAGCAGUGUACGGCUGCGCCUACGCUGCUAUCAUGGCCAAAUAUCAGCGGGAGCUUAAGAAGAACGAGGAGCUGGCAACAGCACAGAAGGCAGAUCAUGCCACAGCAGAUGAGAAAGAACCACUGGAGAAUGCUAUCGCAUAGGAGAUGAUAUCUCGAACCCUGGGCAUAAACCUGGGGCUCAACCCUUUAACCUAAUCCUCUCUGGAUGUGUGUGUGUGUGUGUGUGUGUGUGAGAGAGAAAAGAAGAAAGUAUGAUUCUUUUGUGUGUGUGUGUGUGUGUGUGUGUGUGUGUAUGUGUGUGUGUGUGUGUGUGUGUGUGUGUGUGUGUGUGUGUGUGUGUGUGUGUGUGUGUGUGUGUGUGUGUGUGUGUGUGUGUGUGCACCUUCUUUCUGAGACUUUGGUAGCUAAACUCCACAGGUAUUUGACUAUGCACUGAUGAGAAGAGUAUAUUCUGUUGUAUGCGGGUUCAAGUGGGAAGGCCAAAGAAUCCAAAAGGAAUCAAUUCCAUUUUGUCUGAGUAAUGCAUAUCACAGAUAGGAACAAAUGGCUAUAUAUUUAUAAUUGUAUAUUUGUAGGUAUAAUAGUAAAGCUCUGGUAUUUGAAAAAAAAAGGAUUUCAGAAUGUGUUGUCUUUUGGUUUGUUGUUCAUAACUUUGAGUCUAAAUUUGAGGUAACUUUGAAAACUCAUAGUAGGCAGCUGCUGUCAGUUAGGUUUUGUUCUAAGAUGUUUGUAUCAUUGAUGUGAGAGCAUGAGAAAGAAUGAGCGUUUGUGUCAGUGUUUUAUUUGUGCUUGAGUUUAUGUGCGGAGAUGUUUACUGUAUGCACAUAUUUAUAGAGAAAUUAAGAGUCUGUGCCUAAUAACGUGAUAUAGUUCUGAAGAGGAAAUACAGUAUGUUUUCCUAAAGGAUAUUUUUCUGACAACUACAGUGAAGAUGGGAAAUUCGUUGAAGCAAUAAUGAAACAAACUAAAAAAGAAAACAACAACAAAACUUGGACUCAGCCUUGUUGUUUUGUUUUUCUAUGACUUUACAGGUUUAUGAGCUCUGAUUAUCAUCCUGCUUCAAACAGUCACACACACGCAUUUUAGAUCUACAGGUUUUUUCAGAUCAGUUGAGUCUUGUUUGUGAGUUAAUGCUGAUUACAUAAUGGUAGUCAUGUCAUUCAGUAUGUAAUAUAUAAAAUAAAGGGAAACAUUUUAUUGGAAUAUUA